UUGGCACGAUUUCCACAUUUUACAUUUUCGCUUCCUUUUUUUUUAUAACUUUUAUUCUAAAUUUCUGGAACAAAAUUAAUAAGAAAUUGUGUGCACUAUGUUAAGAACAGCUUGCGGGCCACAGCCCUACAAGUGUGGCGAAGUAUUUUGUGUAUCUCAACCGGCAGUUUUAAAAGUAACAUGCUUAAUUUGCAAUCGCAAGCUAGCAUUUGACAAAUUUAUGGACCACUUUAAAAGCCAGCAUUUGAAUAUUGGCGAAGAAAAUAUCAACAUAGUCGAAAUUGAAGAAAUCCUUAUUAAAGAAGACCUAGGAGAUGAUCCAAUAAAAGAGGAAGAAAUUGUUGUUGAACAAACGAUGAUGGAGCAGGAAUAUGAAGAUGAAGACUAUGCCCAACCACAAACAGACGACGAGGAAGAUGAACAUGACCAACAAUAUGAAGAUGAUUUACUACAAGAGCAACCAAUGACCGACGAAUCUGAAGAAGAAGACGAAGAAGAUUAUAACAAAAAUAUAUCAAAAUCACUUGAAGAAGAAGAAUAUAUUGAAGAUGUGGAAGCCGUGGCGGAAAACUCCAACGUAUCAACAAACAUUGAAAUAGAAAUAGUUAAGAACCCUCCAGAAGAUGAUGAUAAACCACAAGGAUCUUCUAAACAAAAUGAAGAGGAUGAAGAAAACGAAGACGAAGGCGAAGGCGACGGUGACGACGAUGAUGACGAUGAUUGGAAGGAUCCAAACGCAAAAUGCUAUGACGAUGGGGAUAGUAAUAUGGUAGAUGCAAAUCCUACGCAUUAUUGCGAAAUUUGCGAACGUAUUUAUAUCUCAAAGAACAGUUUGACCAAACACCGAGCAAUUUAUCACAAAAGUGAGGCUAGAAUUAUAGACAAAAGCAAAUACAAGUUCAAAUGCAAUGAGUGUGAUGAAGUCUUUCGCAGCGGGCGCGAUCUUCAGGGACAUAAAUACAAGCACACUGGUAUAUUAUGCGAUAUUUGUGGAAAAUCCUUUACUCAGUUGGCCAGUAUGAAAGCGCAUAAAUUGCGUCAUACAGAACCCAAAGAAAUGGCCGCAAAUGCAACGCCUCAAUACAGUGAAUGUCCCGAAGCCUUUUCCUCUGCAAUAACUUUGAAUGACGAAGAGAAUGGGGAAAAUUAUACGGCAGAUGGAAAUCCUAUUUAUUAUUGUGAAAUUUGCGAACGUACUUAUAUCUCACAGAACAGCUUGAACAAACACCGAGCCAUCUAUCACAAAAAUAAGGAUAAAACCAUAGACAAAAGCAAAUACAAGUUCAAAUGCGAUGAAUGUGAUGAAGUUUUUCGCAAUGGGCGCGACCUGCGUGGACAUAAAUACAAGCACACCGGAAUACUAUGCGACAUUUGUGGAAAAUCUUUUGCCCAGUUGGCCAGUAUGAAGGCGCACAGAUUGCGUCAUACAAUGACGCCAGAAACGGCCGCAAAGGCAACGCAUAAAUGUAGCGUAUGUCCCAAAGCCUUUUGUUCAGCAGUAAGUUUGAAUACGCACAUGCUGGGCCAUACCUUGCCCGUGGUCUGUGAAGUUUGUGGUAAACGAUUUAGAAACGGCACUGUGUUGAGAGUCCACAUGCGUCAACAUACCGGUGAGAAGCCUGUAAAAUGUGAUAUUUGCUUCAAAUCGUUUACAGCUGCACUUAACCUAAGGUGGCAUAAAGCCGUUCACAGUGAUGAACGUCCAUAUGAAUGUGAAAUUUGUGGGGCAACAUUUAAACGUAUGCAUUAUCUGAAAAAUCACCGAUAUACACAUUCAAGUGAACGCAAAUAUGUCUGUGAAGUGUGUGAUAAAGCCUUUACAUCUCCAUCCUACCUACAGGCACAUCGACAUAUACAUAAAUAUAAGCUAUGCUAUGACGAUGAUAAAGGGAAUGAUAAUAUAACAAUAACUAAUGUUCCCACGCAUUAUUGCGAAAUCUGUCAACGUACAUAUAUCUCAAAAAACAGUUUGACCAAACACCGAGCAAUUUAUCACAAAGAUAAGGAUAAAAUUAUAGACAAAAGCAAAUACAAAUUCAAAUGCGAUGAAUGUGAUGAAGUCUUUCGCAAUGGGCGCGACCUGCGUGGACAUAAAUACAAGCACACCGGCAUAUUAUGUGAUAUUUGUGGAAAAUCUUUUGCUCAGUUGGCCAGUAUGAAGGCCCACAAAUUGCGUCAUACAUUACCGCCAGAAAUUGCCGCAAAUGCCAAGCAUAAAUGUAACGAAUGUUCCAAAGCCUUUUAUUCGGCCAUAGCUUUGAGGGCGCACAUGCAGGGCCAUUUCUUGCCCGCAGUCUGUGAAGUUUGUGGCAAACGAUUUAGAAACGGUACUGUGUUGAGAGUCCACAUGCGUCAACAUACCGGUGAAAAGCCAGAAAAAUGUGAGAUCUGCUUCAAAUCAUUUACUUCUUCACACAACUUACGUUUGCAUCGAAGCGUACACAGUGAUGAGCGUCCGUUUCCAUGCGACAUUUGUGGUUGGAAAUUUAAAAACAAAAGGACUCUAAAUAAACAUAAGCCCACACAUUGCAAAGAUCGCAACUAUGUUUGUAAAAUAUGCAACAAAUCCUAUACAACCUCGGCUUAUUUAAGUUCACACAUGCACACGCAUAAUAAAGAGAUGCAGAAGCUAAAUGCUGAGCCUAAUCCAUGGGAAACUUAUCACAGCAGUAGUAAUGCUGUAGAGGUGGAAGUCCCUGACCGAUUAGGGUCUAAUUUGAAUGAAGCCGCCACACAGAACCUAUCAUCGUAUUCUAUGCAUUCCGAAGAAUCGACAGAAGAUGAUUUUGAAGUACACAAUGACGACCUGAUAGACGAUGAUAAUAUGAUAGUUUCACAGCCCAAGCAUUAUUGCGAAAUCUGUCAACGUUCAUACAUCUCAAAGAACAGUUUAACCAAACACAGAGCAAUUUAUCAUAGAAAUAAGGAGGUAGACAAAAGCAACUACAAGCUCAAAUGCGAUGAAUGUGAUGAAGUCUUUCGCUGCAUGCGUGACCUACGUGGACAUAAAUACAAGCAUACAGGAAUAUUGUGCGAUAUUUGUGGCAAAUCCUUUGCUCAGUUGGCCAGUAUGAAAUAUCACAGAUUGCGUCAUUCGGCAAAGCCUACAAUUCGUACUGAAAUUGCCAGAUACAAAAUGCAUAAAUGUAGUGAAUGUACCAAAGCAUUUUGUUCCGAAAAAGACUUGAAGUUGCACAUGCUCGGCCACACCUUGCCUGUGGUCUGUGAGGUUUGUGGUAAACGUGUUCGUAGCAGCACUGUGCUGGCAGUGCAUAUGCGUCAUCAUACCGGAGAACGGCCUGCCAAAUGUGAUUUGUGUUCGAAAUCUUUUAUAACUACAACAAACUUAACAUUGCACAAACGAACCGUACACAGCGAUGAGCGUCCAUUUGAAUGUGAAAUUUGUGGAGUAACCUUCAAACGUAUACAUUACCUUAAAAAUCACAGAUAUACACAUUUCACUGAACGUAAAUAUUGCGGUGGCGGCGAUGGGGAUGGCAAUGCGAAUUUGCCAAAUGUUACUGCCAGACCUAAAUGUGAAAAGUGCCAACGUACUUAUAGCUCAAUGAACAGUUACAAGAAACACAUACGCAACUAUCACACUGAUCGAAAAAAAGUAGUGCGUAUAGUAGACAAAAGCACAUAUAAAUAUAAAUGCCAGGAAUGUGAUGAAAGAUUUCGCACUAUGCAAAGUCUUGAAGCACAUAAAUAUAAACACACCGGUAUAGUAUGUGAUAUUUGUGGACAAUCCUUUACACAGCUGGCCACCAUGAAGAGGCAUAGAUUGACCCACACUGGUAUCAAACCCCAUAAAUGUUCCGAAUGUCCCAAAGCAUUCUAUUCAGCCAUAUCACUGAAAAUCCACAUGCAGGGGCACACUUUGUCCGCAGUCUGUGAAAUUUGUGGUAAACGUUUUAGAAAUAGCAAUGUACUGGCCAUCCACAUGCGUCAACAUACCGGCGAGAAGCCUGCUAAAUGUGAUAUCUGCUUCAAAACUUAUACAACGGUUUUCGGCCUAAAAAUCCAUAAAACCGUGCACAGCGAUGAGCGUCCGUUCACUUGCGAAAUUUGUGGAGAUAAAUUUAAACGUAUGCAUUAUCUUAAAAAUCACAGAUAUACGCAUGUGGUUGAGCGUAACUAUGUCUGUGAGAUAUGUAACAAGGACUUUACCUCUCCAAGUUAUUUGAAUGCCCACAGAAAUAAGCAUAGCAAAGCCGAAAAGGAGGCCGCUAAAACAAAUCCCUGGCAGAGUUAUCACAAUUCUGGCACAGAGGAGUCAGCGGGUCAUGGUAAACCAUCGAAUUUAAAUUCAGAAUCUGAGUGUGAUUCACAGAACCUGUCGCCGUCGCCUUACUCUACAGCUGAAUUAAUGGAAGAUACAUAUGAAAGUAUAGAAAUUGAAGUUCACCAUGACAACGAUGAUAAGGAUGGUGGGCAUUUUGAAUUGAUGCACCCUCAUUAUUGUGAAAUCUGCCAACGUGAUUAUAGCUCAAAAAAUAGCCUUACCAAACACAAAUCCAUUUAUCACAACAAUAAGAAAAAAUUGGCAAACAAAGGCAAUUUCAAGUAUAAGUGCGAUCAAUGUGAUGAUAGUUUUCGAACACAACGAGAUCUAACAGGUCAUAAAUAUAAGCACACUGGAAUAUUGUGUGAUAUUUGUGGUAAACCCUAUACCCAGCUGGCCGCAAUGAAAAGACACAGAUUAAGCCACAGCGGUAUUAAAGCCCACAAAUGUGAUGAAUGUCCCAAAGCGUUUUAUUCAAAUCUAUCACUGAGAUUACACCAGCAAGGACACACUCUGCUCGCUGUCUGUGAGACUUGUGGUAAACGAUGUAGAAAUAGCACAUUGCUGGCAGUACACAUGCGUCAACAUACCGGCGAGAAGCCUGCUAAAUGCGAUGUCUGCUCCAAAACUUUUACAUCGUCUCUCACCCUAAGAGUGCACAAAACCGUGCACAGCGAUGAACGUCCAUAUUCAUGCGAAGUUUGUGGAGACAAAUUUAAACGUUAUCAUUAUCUUAAAAAUCACAGAUAUACGCAUGUGGUUGAGCGUAACUAUGUCUGUGAGAUAUGUAACAAAGACUUUACCUCUCCAAGUUAUUUGAAUGCCCACAGAAACAAGCAUACUAGGGCUGAAAAGGAGGCAACGAAAACUGCUGAGCCAAAUCCCUGGCAGAGCUAUCAUAACUCUGGCACAGAGAAAACGGCGCGUAAUCGUCAGCCUUCGAAUUCAGAGUCUGAUACACAAAACUUGUCGCUGUCGCCUUACUCUUCAGAUGAAUUAAUGGAGGAUACAUUUGAAAAUAUUGAAAUUGAAGUGCGCAUUGACAACGACGAGGAUGACGAUGAGAGUUUUGAAUUUAUUAAUCCUCAUUAUUGUGAAUUCUGCCAACGUAAUUAUAGCUCAAGAAAUAGCCUGAUGAAACACAAAUCCAUUUAUCACAACGAUAAGAAAAAAUUGAAGAACAAAGGCAAUUUCAAGUUUAAGUGCGAUCAAUGUGAUGAUAGCUUCCGCACCGAACGAGAUCUAAUAGGUCAUAAAUAUAAGCACACCGGAAUAUUGUGUGAUAUUUGUGGUAAAUCCUAUUCUCAGCUGGCCGCAAUGAAAAGACACCGAUUGAGCCACAGCGGCAUUAAAGCCCACAAAUGUGAUGAAUGUCCCAAAGCGUUCUAUUCAAUGGUGGCACUAAAAUCACACCAGCUGGGACACACUCUGCCCGCAGUCUGUGAGGUUUGUGGCAAACGAUUUAGAAAUAGCACAGUGCUGGCAGUGCAUAUGCGUCAGCAUACUGGUGAAAAGCCUGUGAAAUGUCCGAUCUGCUCCAAAGCCUUUACUUCCUUACACAACCUACGUUUACAUAGAAGCGUACACAGUGAUGAGCGUCCUUUUCCAUGUGAAAUUUGUGGUUUUAGAUUUAAAAACAAAAGAACACUUUACAAACAUAAGCCCACACACUGCAAAGAUCGUAACUAUGUUUGUAAGAUUUGCAGCAGGUGCUUUAAUAGCUCGGCUAACCUAAGUUCACACAUGCAAACGCAUACUAAGGGUAUGAAAGAACAAAAUGAUGAACCAAAUCCGUGGAAAACUUAUCAUAGCAAUAAUGCUAUCAUAGAGAUGGGCCCUUCUGAACGAAUAGUGUCAAAUUUAGAUGAAGCCGACACACAAAACCUAUCGCCUUGGUCUUUGUAUUACGAAGAAACAAUGGAAGAUGAUGAUGAUUUUGAACCCCAGGAAAAUGGAGAUGAGAAUUUUUAUUUUUGUGUCAUCUGUCAGCGUUCUUAUAGCUCGGCAAGCAGCUUGGCCAAACACAAAUACAUUUUUCACACCAUCAAAAAAACAGCAAACCGGGAAAAUUUCAAGUUCAAGUGUGAGGAAUGUGGUGAAAAUUUUCGCAGCGAGCGCGAUCUUCAAGGACAUAAAUACAGACACACGGGCAUAGUGUGCGAUUUUUGUGGCAAAUCCUUUACUCAGCUAACCACUUUAAAUAGGCACAGAUUGUAUCAUACCGGUACUGCAUCACACAAAUGCCAAGAAUGUCCCAAAUCGUUUUAUACCCCAGAAAGUCUUAAGGCACACAUGUUGGGUCACACUCUGCCCUGUGUCUGUGACAUUUGUGGCCAAAGAUUUAGGGAUUCCAAAGUUUUGAGAAUACAUUUGCGCAAACAUACCGGUGAAAUGCCUGAAAAAUGCCAGGUAUGCAACCAAUCGUUUAUAUCGAUAACCAAGCUCAGAUUGCACGAAAUCGUUCACAGUGAUGAGAGGCCAUUUGAGUGUGAAAUUUGUGGAUACCGUUUUAAACGUCGAAGAAACCUCAACAGUCACAUGAAUACACACUCAACUGAGCGUAAUCAUGUGUGCAAAACCUGUGGUAAAGCCUUUAUCACCUCUUCUUAUUUAAAUACGCACUUGUUAACGCAUAAUAAGGAUAAGAAAAAACGUAAAGCUAAGGCAAAGAAAGCCGACGAAGAACAGCCGUGGGUUAUAAGUGACGAUUCUUCCUUAAUCAUAGAGGAAGAAAUUUACUUGGAUGAAGACACCAUGUUGGAAGACCAAUAGAAAAAAAAUUGAUGCAUUGUUUUGAAGUAUAAUAAAUUAAGAUCGCAUAUACAUAAGCUAAUAAAAUAAAUUCCAAAGCUGAUCACAAA